AUGUAUCAUGAUGCUUUAACCCUUAUCAAUUCCCUUUUAAAAGAAUUAAGACGUCUAGAUGAUAAAAUGGUUUUGGUUGAAGUUCAAUUAUUGGAAAACGUAUAUGCAAUUAUUAAUGGCAAGCUUGCAUUACGUUACGCGGGGCGCGAAGUUGAUGCAAUGAAAGCCGUGGCAACUGCACAUCAAAAUCGUUCACUUAAUGAGUUUGAAACUGCAUUAAAAACUUAUAGCGAUGAAUUGGAAAAUGACCCGAUUAUCCGAUCUCAUCUCGCCGCACUUUAUGACACUUUACUUGAGCAAAAUUUGGUUCGCAUAAUAGAACCAUUUUCAAGGGUUGAAAUUUCACAUGUUGCAGAAAUGGUUAAAUUGCCUACAGUUCAUGUCGAAACAAAAUUAUCACAAAUGAUUUUAGAUAAAGUAUUUCACGGAAUUUUGGAUCAGGUAGAAAGUGACGCGUCGGUGUCACCAGGAUCUGUUUUGCUUUGGCUGACAAACGAACUCGGAUAUAGGCAUGGACGGGGUGCUUCUUUACUCGAUGAAGUGACAGAGCAAGAAUUAACAAAGGAAGACAUACAAAAUAAAGGAACAUUAUCAUCACCUGGAUCCGCUUCUACAGAAGAGAAUUACGCGCAACGAAAAUUAAAACUUGAAAAAAAAUUUACACAAACUAGUGAAAUUGUUCAAGAAACAGAACAACAAAUAACUCAUUUGAUUUCACGUAUUGCGAACUCACAAAUUCGAUCUGUUAAAGAUGAAAUAAGUGAAAAAAAGAAUAAGAUUUAUAUGAAACAGGUUUUUCGCGAGAAUUGUAGGCGUUUUAUGAACUCUGAAGCUGAAUAUCGGAAACUCUUGGAAGAGUUUAAACCCAAGGCAGGGACUAAAGAUGAAAUAAACACAAAAUCUGAGCAGUUUACCGGUAAAAAACUUAUUACAGAUGAAGAUUCUAGUCGAGUUCAGCGGAUGAUAUAUGCCGAUUAUGAGGCUGCACAAGCCGCACUUAAUAUGAUUUCUAGUUUUGCCGAAGGGCUUGAAAGACGGUGUCAAGGAUUAGCGUCAUCAAGUGACGAAUUAGCAGCAAUUUCCGAUAGUGUCUCUAAUUCAAAUCAAAAACAAAAACAGAAAGACAUUCAAAACUUAAUUUCCAUUAAUCAACGAACAGGAGAAGGCUUGCUUGAACAAUCUCGAGAGCUCGACCCUUUUAAAUUGCGUCUUGAAUCCUUAACUAAGGAUCUUGAUUGCUCUAUGUUACAAGAGAACGAGCAGUUUCAAGAUUUGGAUUUAAA